UGUGAAGGCAUCUUCUGGAGGUCAUCCAGUUGUUAAGCUUCAAGGUUACAAUGAAAAGCCAAUCAACCUGCGAUGUUCAUUGGUACUGCUGAUGACCACUAUUUAAGACCACAUGGAUUCUACCAAGUGCACAGAAUCACUGGCAAGACUGUUGCUACAGCUAGCCAAGAAAUUAUAUUUACCAGUACAAAGGUUCUUGAAAUUCCCCUUCUGCCUGAAAACAAUAUGACUGCCAGCAUUGACUGUGCAGGAAUUUUGAAACUACACAACUCUGAUAUUGAACUUCGCAAGGGUGAAACUGACAUUGGAAGAAAAAAUACAAGAGUUCGCCUUGUUUUCCAUGUGCAUAUCCCACAGCCCAAUGGAAAAGUUGUCUCACUGCAAGCAGCUUCCAUUCCUGUUGAAUGCUCUCAGCGUUCAGCUCAGGAACUUCCUCAGAUUGAAAAGUACAGCACCAAUUCAUGCUCGGUCAAUGGUGGAGAAGAAAUGAUCGUUAAUGGCUUCAAUUUUCUUCCGGAGUCUAAGAUUGUCUUCCUUGAAAAGGGCCCUCAAUGGGAGGUGGAAGGAAAAAUUAUCAGGGAGAAGUCACAAGGGGUUAAUCUUGUUGUUGAAGUCCCUCCAUACCAUAACAAAAAUUUUACGUCUGCAGUUCAAGUUCAGUUUUAUGUUUGCAAUGGCAAGAGAAAAAGAAGUCAGUCCCAGCGCUUUACUUACAUGCCAGUACCUCAUCAUUGCCUUCUUUAG